AAGAAUGCUUAUGGGUGGGCAUUUUAAUCAGAAGUUCUGAUCCGGUCCCAUAAAAAUAAAAAGAAAUUAGGAACUGAAAUCGAAAAUAGACUAGGUCUCGAACGGUUCUUGUUUCUUGAAUCGAAAUCGUGGUACCCAAUUUUGGAAACAAAUUUACCCUUUUUUUAUAAUUUUUUUUUUAUUUUUUACAAUUUAUUCAUCCUAACCCAAUAACCCAACACAACAAGUAGCAAAUUUGCCUAGUCCAAAUAGUAAGUACCCUAAUCAAUAGGAUUUGUGCAUUUAAACAAUUGAAUAAUAACACUCUAGUUUGUAGCCACUCUCAACGCACGUUACGUGCUGCCCGCCACACAAACCCUUCUUGAGGCAUCACGCAAAGUCAAAGUCGAAAUUGGAUGCUAUUACUUUAGAUAUUGGAUGUUAUUUUGUGACAGGAAGAUAAUUUGUAUUGUAAACACACGGUUUUUAAAAAAAUAAUGUUAUGAUUAGAUCGGAACCGGAACCGAUGAUUUGGGCUUGGGUUAGAUUCUAAUAAUUAUGUGAACCUGAAUGGUUACGUUUACAAAAUACCCGAAGUAAUGGCUGGUUCUGGGUAUUUAAAUAUCUAGAUUGAUCCACCCCACUUCAUGGCCUAAGAAUGCUUGACAGGUUAGUUGAUGUAUUGAGAUUUGGAGUACAAAUUAGAUUCAUUUAGUUCUGAAAUAUCUUAGGUCAAGGAAAAUGUGCAAGUUAAAAGCUGCAUUUACUAUGAAUGAUUUUAACACUUCAUGGAUGCAAAAGUCAACUUGCAUUUGCUAUAUGGUUGGGUGAUAAACAAUGGUUUUUCUGUACAUAUGAGGGGUAGUGAAGCUUUGUGGUUGUUGGGAUCCUAGUAAGCGGUUCGAUGGAAACAAUUCUACUAUUUGAGAGCUAUGAAAUUUCAUUGAAAGGUAAUUUUGGUUUCCUGGGUUUGAUUCAAAAGUUUAUUUUUUAUUUUCCUACCACGUCAAAGAUUGUACUUUUAUGGGUGGGUAUAAACAUGGAAAGUGCAUUUAGCAUUUUUGCCAAGACACGUGAUUUGUGUGAAUUAGGGCGGAGAUAGGUUUGAGCCUUUGAGGUAGGGGCUUCUCAUUUGUUUCUAUAGGAUUGUGUUGGCCUAUCCAAAUUGAAAACAAUUACUAUUAGGUUUUAACAUUUCUUUCUGUAGCAAGGUAUCAUUUAUGCAAUAAUCCAAGGUGUCAUCCGAUUGUCAAAGGGAUUGUUUUUAACUGCGAUCUGAGUUGUGUUCCUAAUAUCAACUUGAAAUUUGCUGAGGGCUGGCAAUUAUCUACGUAUGUGAAGUCAGUUUCUUUUACUUCUCUAAUCGUUUCUGUAUUAAGUCUUUUUCAACAUAGGAGAAUUGUGCUUACAUGUGGGGGCAUUCUUGCUGUUCAGCGUCUUUUUUAGCUUGGAGUGAGUUAAAGCAGCAAAAAGGAGGUAAAAACACAUGAUUUACCAUGGUGGUGGGAAAGGGAGGUUUUUGCUGGCUAGGUUUAUUCCAUUCCUUUGUGCGAUGGGAGUUCUGGACAUUUUAUUGGAUUUUUCUUUUGUCAGGUUUUCUAAUAUCUUUGAAAAUGUGGACUUCACAAAUUAUCUUGUGGAGCUGAUAUCAUGCUUGUUCAUGAAAAUGUAAAAGAUUUGUCUUAAGGUCGCUAAAGAAUAAUGGUCAAACAAGGCGACGAAAAAAGAGGAAGUUCUCUAACAUGGAUGGAGGAAUGGGUCCAAUGGGGCUAACAGGAGCAAUUUAGAUUGUCUUUCUCGGUUGAAGUGGUAAUGAUGUAAUUCACAGUAAUUCAAUGGACUUCUAUGAAACCAGCCCUGGACCAGUUGAUGAAUCUGUUUUGUAUGAUCAAGAUAAGCACGUCUCAGCUGCAGUUUGGGAGGGACAGGAGCGGGGAGCACUUAGAUGUCAUGAACAUACUUCAAAGCUUGACCGGUGGAUGCUUACUGAAAAACAAAUCGAAUUAGUCAAGAAAGCUGGAUUUGGCUAUUUGAGAUUAAUACCAGCAAUCAGUCUUGAUAACCCGCUUAUAUCUGCUCUAGUUGAGAGAUGGAGGAGAGAAACAAACACAUUUCAUAUGACUGUUGGGGAAAUGACAGUGACUCUGGAAGACGUUGCUUACUUGCUUGGGCUUCCAAUUGAUGGUGAACCUGUUAUUGGUGUAACAUAUACGGCAUGUGAUGCACUAUGUAUCAAGUAUCUGGGGAAAUUACCAGAUUCUGGGUAUGCGAGUGGUGGAAUGGUGAAGCUUAGUUGGCUGAAAGAGACUUUCUCCCAGUGUCCCGAGAACGCCUCAAUGGAAGAUGUUGAGUGCCAUACUCGUGCUUACCUUCUAUACCUUGUUGGCAGUACAAUUUUUUCCACCACUACUGGUAAUAAAGUUCCUGUCAUGUAUCUUCCAUUGUUUGAGAAUUUCAAUGAAGCUGGUAAGCAUGCAUGGGGUGCAGCAGCAUUAUCCUUCUUGUACAGAGCACUCGGUAAUGCCUCCCUCAGAUCUCAAAGCACAAUAAGUGGCUGUUUAACGCUGCUACAGUGCUGGAGUUACUAUCACCUGAACAUCGGUCGACCCAAACUUCAUCACGACCCAAUCCAUGAAUGUUUUCCAUUUGUCCUUAGGUGGAAAGGGAAACAUAGCAGUCCAACAUCAAAUCGUGAUGUUUCCUUCUAUCGUAAAGCUUUGGAUUCACUACAAUCUUCUGAUGUCGACUGGUGUCCUUACGCAAAUAUCAGUCACACUGUUAUACCAGAAUUCAUUUUAAAUCAACUCAUUCUUGGAAGAUCAAAGACAAUGUUGAUUUGUUUUGACAAGGCAGAAAGACACCUUCCAGAUCGUUGCCUAAGGCAGUUUGGCAUGCAUCAAACUAUCCCAGAAGAAGUGCAGAGAUGGGAAAGGAAGACCCGUGGGGUUGAUGGUGGAGUAGAUCUCUCUGGGAAAAUGGAAUCAGAACUUAAUGAAUGGUCAUAUCGUCGCUUUCAUAUUGUGGAGGCUGAAGAAGAUCUGGAUGAAAAUGAAUACAAGCAUUGGUACUUGAAAAUUACGCGCAAGUUGGUAGGCAGACCCGUACCUAUCUCAUCAGAAUUUCAGAGAAUGAAUGCUGCAUUGAGGGACGUUGCACAUCUAGCAGAUAACCUCUCGACUCAUGGGAUGGACGAUCUACAGAUUCAGUCGGUGACGAGAAUCAGGUAUAUUGCACAUGAAUGUUUGAGGGACCAUGCCAGAAGUUCAACAGAUGUUAUAGCGGAUCCACAAAAUGAUGUCGGAAAAAGGAUAAGAGGGAAGGAAAGGGUUAGGAGGAGGGAAAUAGGUAAGCGAAAACGAAAAGAUGAUCCUGAGCAGUAUUAUGCAGUUAAUAUGAACGUCCCUUCCCAGUUAUAUGAUGAUGAUAAUACACAUCUAUAUCAUGUAGAUGGUGAUGUCAAUAAUCAUCAACAUCUAUCCAUUCCGGCCAAUGCAGGUGACCACAGUGAGUUAUCUCCUAUUGCUCGAGAAGUUAAUGGAGGACAGCUUUGUGAUGUAACUGACGACGUUGAUUGUGACAUAACAGAUAGGGUUGACGAAUGCAAGCUUUCUCAUGGCUCAGAUCAAAAUAUGCCGCCUGGUUCCCAUCCUACUGUCGAUGUCAUGCCCCAGUCGACCCUCAGUAGCAGCGAGGAGGUUGCCCGGCAGAAUGAUUUCAGUGUUUUGGCUUAGAGAGUUGACAACAUAAACUUUGAAUUGUAUAGAAUUUACUUUCUAUGUUAUUAGAUGUGAAGACUCUUGUUCUAGUUUUGAAUCUAUCUUCAAUGUAGAAAUUUGAAAACAUAUGCUUCUAAAUUCAUUUCAUUCAUAACUUUUCGAGAAUU